UGCUUGUAGUACUGUUUACUGACUGAUACAGGAGAAUCCGGAAAUAGAGACCAGCCUGGGCUAUAAGGCAAGAUUCUAAUAAAACAAAACAAAACAAACAAAACAAAACAAACAAAAUCUAGGUGUGGUGGUGCCUGCCUGCAAUCCUAGCACUUGGGAGGCUGAGACAGGAGAACUGUUUCGAGUUUGAGGCUAGCCUGGGAUACAGUAUGAGAUCCUGUCUCAAAAAACCAAAACCAACACAGAGAAACCCCGUCUCGAAAAAAAAAAAAAAAACAAAAAAACCCAAAACCAAACAAAGCAAGCGAACAUAAAGGCUGUAUGGGUAUCGCUCAGUGCUUGCCUGGUGUAUUCAAUCCUCUGGUUUCCACCCCAGAAUUCCAAAAUAAUAAACAUAAUUUAUUUGGACUUAAAAAAAAUAUUUUUUUGUUUUUGCAAUUACGUCUUAUAGCUGAUUUCCCUCGCUCCACACCCUUGGGACUAAGGCUCGCAGAGGGAGGAGCAGGGUAGACGUCCUCGCGGCGUUCUAGACACUUGGAGGAUUGUGUUGAAUGAAUGACUUGGUGGACUGCUUGCUCUCGGCACCGCGAAGCCGAGUGGAUGUUGGGGCGGGCAGAGGCAGGGGCUCCGCCCCCGCCCCCGCCUUCCGGGGCGGAGCCCCAGCCCCGAGUCUUGGCCCGCGGGUAGUGGGAACAGACUGCUGUUGCCGCGGGACCGGCGGUCAUGGCUCCGGGUUGGCCGCGGCCUCUGCCGCAGAUCCUCGUGUUGGGACUCGGGUUGGUGCUGAUGCGCGCCGCGGCCGGGGAACAGGCACCAGGCACCGCCCCAUGCUCUAGCGGCAGCUCCUGGAGCGCGGAUCUCGACAAGUGCAUGGACUGCGCUUCAUGUCCGGCGCGACCACACAGCGACUUCUGCUUGGGAUGCGCAGCGGCACCUCCUGCCCCCUUCAGGCUGCUCUGGCCCAUUCUGGGAGGCGCUCUUAGUCUGGCCUUGGUUUUGGCGCUGCUUUCUGGUUUCCUGGUCUGGAGACGGUGCCGGCGGAGAGAAAAGUUUACUACCCCCAUAGAGGAGACUGGUGGAGAGGGCUGCCCAGGUGUGGCACUGAUCCAGUGAGGAGCACCCGCGCUGGUGCCCACUCAUCGUCCAUUCAUUCAUUCUGGAGCCAGCCUGGCCCUCCAGACACAACCCGAGCCAGACUCUUCCAACCACAAGGGGGUGGGGUGAGGUGGUGAUUCACUUCCAAAGACUGGGCUCAGGGUUCAGGGGAGCCUUCUAAGGUGUCUAGAUUGCCCUGUCUCUGGUUCCAGGGCAGAGAGCCUCAGGCUGGGUCACAAAGCAACACAUACUAAGGAACUGCAGCAUUUGCACAAGGGCGUCUCUUGCUCCCCCCAAAUCCUGGAGGCCUGGCUGACUUGGGGGGCAGACACACUAGGUCCCACUCUUUCAGAUGGGCUGAAAUUCAACUACACUUGAGUUCCAGUCCUGGGAGUUGGUCAGAUUUAGGGACCUGUUCUUAACACUAAGGGGCUGGCCCUCUGGGAGGGCUGGCCCUAAUGCAAACACACAACCCAUCCCCUAAUGGGGGGGGAUAUUUAUUUGGGGGAUAAAGUUUGGAGGGGAGGGAGAAUUUAUUAAUAAAAGAAUCUUUAACUUUAAA